UACUUAACAGCUUAUACUCACAAUAUGAAGCCUCUUAUCCUUCUCUUCGCGCUCGCACUUGCACUCACUCUCGCGAUGCCAAUCACCGCGUCGCGCAACAAAGGCUGCAGAGACGUGUUCAACAAUUUUGGCCAUUGCGCGGGCUAUAUUCAAGGUCUAGGCAACAAACCAUCGCGAGUGUGUUGCCUAAGUGUAACGAAUCUGAAUUCCAUCGCGAAACAUGAACCGGGUGGUUCGGUAAGAAUAUGCCAAUGCAUAGAGCAUUUUGCAAGUUAUAGACACCAUCCAUUCGUUGGCACGCGUAUCAGAGACCUGCCUCGUAAGUGCAACACGCGUUUGAGUUUUCCUAUUUCGGAGCGCAUGGACUGUAAUCGGGCUGUUUGAAAGAUUAAUCUCUACCAUUAUUUGGCUAAUACUCAUACUACUUAAAAAUAUAUAUGGAUAUGUAAUGUAAUAAGGUUGUAAGGGCUAUUACCAUAUUGUUUCGAUGUAUUCGAGGAGCAUAAAUAAAAAAGUUAUACUAUUAUAAUUUCA